AUGAUAUUGAUCAAGUUUGAAGAAUUGACCAUUAAACUACUUGAUUCAAAUGUAUUUUACUUAAUAUUUAAUUUAAGUGAUUUGAUUGAAAGCUUUAAGAUAUAUUUUGAAUUAAAAUUAGCCAGUUUACCUAUAUCUAAUAAGAAGUUUCAAUUGUAUUCAAGAUAUAUCAAAUGGAUUGAACAAAAUUAUCCUUCAUUAGGCAAAUGUGCUGACUUACAAAAUGUUCUCUAUCGAUCCAUACGAGAUUCAUCCGACUUACCGGGGAUAAAAAACGAUGAUACUUAUGUGGGAAAUUGGAUUAAACUUACAGAAUAUUGUAAUCAACCAACUGAAUUAUUUGAAUUAUUAUUUCGACAAGGUAUUGGUACAAUGUGUUCUGAAUUUUAUGUUACAUGGUGUCAAUUACUUGAAAAAAACAAAAAUUAUCGUAAAAUUGCUUCAAUUUAUGCUCAUGGUUUACGUGCUGGUGCUAAACCUUUAUUAUGGUUAGAAGAUAGAGCUGAGGCGUUUUUCCAGAGAUACGAACAUUCUUUAAAGUCUACUGUUACAUCAUCAUCAUCUGAUAUUGUUGGCACAUUCACAUCUUAUAAUUCUUAUAAUGAAACUAACAAUGAAAAUACAAGAAAGAAAUUAGCCUCAUUACGUUUAAUUGAAACUAGUACACAAGAGAAUAAUUUAGUUGCUCCAGUAAUAAGAACCAAAGAAAUGUGGCGUUCGAAUCACUCAGGUUUGGGAACUAUUCGUUCAUCGGAAAGUUUUAUUUCUAAUAAAUGUAAUUAUCAAAUUAAACAAGAUAAAUUAUCUCAAGAAAAUUCUGUAUUAAUACGUGAUCUACCACCGAUCACAUCAGAUUUUAUACGACCUGUUGGAAUACCUUCAUCAUGGCAAAAAGAAAAUCAAUUGGAACCUAGUUCAUGGAAUAAAGCACAGUUAAGUACAACUACAACAGUCCCUGCAUCAUCCAGACCGAUAGGUCUACCCAGUUGGGAAAUUUUCACAGAAGAUCAAGUUGAACAACAACAGAUGAACUCUUCAAACCCGUUAAAUAGUACACAACAGUCAAUUAUUUGGUAA